AUGAAGCUGCUGCAGAAACUCCUGCCCAUCAUCCGAGAAAACAAGGUUCUGGUGCUCCACUGUCGGGGAAUUACCGGCGACAAUGGUAUGGAGGCUCAUCUGUUGUUGCUUCACCUUUUAAAGCCCCUUUCAAGACAACAGAGGAUUCAGCUCCAUGCCUUCAAUGGGAACCAACUGGUGGUCGGGUGGUGGCUGGAAGUUUUCCCUAACACCCACUUCAGUUUUAACAGGAGUGUUGAAAACUUCACCCCGGAGCAAGUGGCCGCUGUAGUCAGCAUGCCUGAGGAUCUGCUCCUUAUUGAAACAGACGCCCCUUACUUUACGAGGCCCCAUAUGAGGUUUUCGGCGCCAGCGGAAGUUGGGGAUGUGGCGGCGAUGUUGGCGGGACUUCGAGGGGUGACGACGCAGCAUAUCCUGGAGGUCACCACAAGAAACGCCGUCAACCUGUUUGGUGAGAUCCCCACAGGGCAGGUUGCCCUGUAG